CCUUGCUGCAGCCACCCGAAGAAAAAAAAGAGAACCCAGCCAUGCCUUGGAAAAUUGGUAAGGAAGCUUGGAUUUUUCCUUCUUUUCUUCCCCAGCCAUUUCCCGAUUCUGCUAUUCUUCUUCCCGCUGCAGCCGAACAAAGCCCCUAAGCUGCUGGCGACUUCCUCCCUUGAAAACUGUUAAAGCUUGAAGAUUUCUCUUUCUUUUCUUGUUCUAGAACCCAGAAAUUCUCCCCCCCUGCUGGAAAAUCCGGAUCUGCCUUGCUCUGUCCGCCGGCUGCUCUUGUUGUGGGGGCCGAAUUUCUCUGAUUUUGGGAUUUCUUCUUCCAUGCCGCCGGCCUUCCCCCAAACUGCAGUUCGGUUGUGCUAGGAAAAUUAUGGUUUCUGAUCGUUCUGUCAGUUAGCACUGAGAUUGAGUGCUCAGUUUUAUGCGAGUGAGGUAAGUAAAUUUAUGGUAACGCCCGUAUAGUUUUUUGAAAGCAUGUUUUGAUUUGUUUUUGAAAUGGUGGCGGGACUAAACCCAUUUUACACGAGCAUGACUGAUUUGAAGUGAAAGUUUUAUGUUUUUCAUUAAAUUGAGCAUGCCUACUUGAAAUUUGAUUGAUUGUCCUGAUGAUCUGAAAGUGAUUGGUGAAUUGUGAUUUUCUUGUUAACUUCUGCCUGUUUUGUCUCCAAUGUGGUCAUGUUAUUGUAACCAUGCUAGUGGGGGUUAAACGCUAGCAUAUGCGGCACAUGUCGAUAUGUUAGUGACAGAGCCGGUUCGUACAAGUGACCCUGCUAGUGGGGAUUAUACACUAGUAAAUCGUGUGCCUACCAGUGGGAGGUUUAUAACACUGGCCGUGACCUAUAGAGGAGACGUCUAUUUUGUUUCCGUAUUGCAUCCAUUUAUAGUGAUUAUACUCGUUGGCAUGCUAUAAGUUUAAUUAAGGGCACUCCAUAUUUACUUACUGAGUUUAUCUCAUAGUUUUCCUUGUCCACCAUUUCAGGAAGUGAAACCGAAGAUGGGGAAACCACGGGAAGUGACGAGUUGAAAGCUAGCCAUUUCGAGAUUGAUAUAUAUUUUAGAAAGAAAUCAUGAUCUUGUAAACUGGAGUGUAUUUGGAGAUUUUAUGAUAUCAGAGAGAUUUUAAAGAUUUGAUCAUCAGAUUUUGUGGAUUGUUAGAUGUGAAUUUGAUAAGUUUCGAGCCUUGUGCAUUUGUGGGAUCCUCUCACGAGUGCACGACGUCUGUCGUGCCUCGAAUUUGGGUUUUGGGGCGUGACAACCAUAUCUAAUCUCACGGGAUUUUCUCCGAAAAUCACAGUAGCCAAAAUAAGCUAAUUUUCUACAUGAAUUAAGCUAAAUCAUGGUCUAAUUUCUAUCAAAUUUCUCCCCUAUUUCCAGCAGAUUUUCGGACACACAAGGCAACAAAUAAAUGGACAAAUUCGGGGCUUGGAGGGGCUGUCAACAUACCAGAAUUUUCCCAACAAAAACUGGACUGCAGUCUGGGGGAAGAGCCGACGGUAAUUUCUGCAGGGGACUCACGGCUACCAAAAUUCAAGAACCAAAACACAAUUCAAAUUAAAGCUGAAAAGAUGAAUUCAUGGCUGCUUCUUACCAAAAAAUUAGGGAAUUUUGCACCCACAAGCAAGAGCAGCCGGCAGAAGGAUAGAGCAGAGUAGGGCAGAUCCGAAAAUUCUGCAGAGGGGGGAAAGUUUCUAGGUUCUAUAUGUGUUCUAGAACAAGAAAAGAAGGAGAAAUUUCAAGCUUUCUACCGGUUUUUCAAGGGAUGGCUGUCGGCUU